AAUCACCAUGGUGGUGGCAUACAACAGAACACAGCAAACUGCGGUGGACCAAUUCCCACUUUUAGCUGCCUCCUAAUGCAGAAAGAAAAAUGUUUUUUUCUUUUCUUCAGUGAAUAGGAAGAGUUUUGACCUUUCGUGAUGGGUGCCAUGUUGUUGCAGAAAGGUUAGCUCGUAGCCGUUAGCUUUCCUUUUGUUUACCGGAUCCUUUAUGGAAUUUCUUCACGUCGUUAGCAGAAAUGCUGAGGAGACGAGGAAUAUCUUCCCUUAACACCGGCUUUAACGGUGGGACUUUAGGUUUGACAGCGAGAAAAUAACCCAGAGGAACCGUUUGACCCGUUUUUUUUUUUUUAAAGAGAAGUUUUUAAAUAAUUAGCGGCGGCGGGGACUGCAGUUGGCAGCCGGGUUUCGGGUUGGGCAGCGGAGAGGGACCGAUACCCCGAGGAGAGCGCUCGGCUGUCUGGCUCCAGUCGUGGCCUGGCUUCGGGCACUCCCAGCUUCGGAGCUCAUUUACCAAGGAUAAACUAAAACAAGGAGAGGACUACAAUUGUGCGUAUCGCAUUUGAACUCAAGUGAAGCAGUUUUAAGGAUAUACAAAAAAAAAAAAAAAAAAACUGUGCUACACGCCGCCUUCCAAGACAAUGGCGUCUUAUGUGGAUAACCGCUUUCGGCAAGCUGUGAUGAUGAAUCCGGCUGAACGGACGCAACAGGACCUGGAGAUCGUCUACUCCUAUCUCCAUGGGAUGGAGGCUCUGUCCAACCUGCGGGAACACCAGCUCAGAAUAAUGUGUGAGACGGUGCGCUACGAGAGACACGAGGCCAAUGAAGUGCUUUACUACCCAGAUGAUGUUGGAAGCUGCUGGUACAUCCUGUUAUCGGGCUCAGUUUUCAUCAAGGAGUCCAUGUUUCUUCCCAGAAGCAGGUAA